CGUCUUGUUUGUAUCACACAUAUCACUCCCACCACGAUACUCCGUACAGAAAGAGAAAAGUUGCAAAGUACAUAUUUUUUUGACAUGAGUAUGCUGUGAUAGGAGAGUUCGGACUCAGACUCCGCGAUCGGCGGACUCAGUUACGCGACAUCGACCACCAGUGCUAGGUCUGAAGUCUACGCCAUGGUAGAAGAGUUCGGUCGCACGUAUCACGGGUACAAGGCUGGCAAGUAUGUCAUGCCGAACGACGAGAAAGAGCGUGACCGUCUCGACCUACAACACAUGCUCUGGCUCCUCACGGUCGACAACGCGCUCUACCAAGCUCCGAUCGAGAACCCGCAUCACGUUCUCGACAUAGCAACCGGGACAGGAAUAUGGGCAAUGGACUUCGCCGAACAACACCCCAACUCCCGCGUCCUGGGCACCGACCUCUCGCCCAUCCAACCCAACUACGUCCCCGUAAACUGCACCUUCGAGAUCGCAGACGCAGAGGACGACUGGACCUUCAGCCGGCCCUUCGACUACAUCCACGGUCGCGCCCUGCUCUCUUGCUUCUCGGACCCGCGCUCCAUCGUCCGGAAGGCGUACGACGCGCUCGCGCCCGGCGGCUACCUCGAGCUCCAGGACGGAUUGUUUCCGUUCCUGUUUCUCGACCCGCAGCCCCCGGCUGACCACCCGCUGAAUGUGUUCCUGCACAAUUUGUUGGAGGCGAGUAGGUUGUCGGGCAGGCCGUGGGAUAAUGUGCAGAAUUACGCCGGGUGGAUGCGAGAGGUGGGGUUCGAGGAGGUGGUGGAGAAGAGGUUUAAUUGGCCGUGUGGGCCGUGGGCGAAGGGCGAGAGGAUGAAGAAGUUGGGGGUGUAUUUUCUGGAGGAUCUGAGGCAUGCGAUUGAGCCCAUGGGAAUGAAGCUGUUUUGUAAGGUGCUUGGGUGGAGUGAGGAUAGGGCUAAGGCGUUGGUGGACCAGGUGUUGCAGUUGUUGGGCGCGAGGAAGGUGUAUUUGUAUGAGACUGUGUAAGUUUUUGUUUGGGUAAGUCGCUGGGCAGGUUGCUGAUUUUUGACAGACUUUUCGUGUAUGGAAGGAAACCAAGGUCACAAUAGCAGGCGAAGACAAUGGUUUGACAAGAGGUUGACCUUGGACAUAUAAGACAUAAUAGAAUAUGUUGUUUGGUAAAGCAGAUAUCAGUAGCCACUUGGAAAGUAAGGAAUCUAUGGUAAAAUGUAGUGACAAGGAAAAAGUAGGGCCUUGACUCCGUAGUGAAUUACAAG